AUGGCCCGUCGCUCGUUCCCCAAUCCUAAGCCCAGGGCUGUCAAAGGAACUCGGGGCCGUCGACGGGAACUGGACAUCUAUUUGGCUGACGACCACGCUGCUGAACCUCAUUCCGGCGCUGCACCAUCACCAACCUCUGGUACUGCGACGCAUCGCGACAACAUGGCAGAACCAUCACCCGGCGUCGGGCACACCGAUUCCAUCGAUUCGCGCGAUGACCCGAACAAGCCGGUCGACAAGAAGAAGAAGAAGUCCAGGAGGCCUGCGAAUACUGCGUUCCGACAGCAGCGAUUGAAGGCGUGGCAACCCAUCUUGACCCCCAAGACGGUGAUCCCCAUCUUUUUCGUCAUCGGCAUCAUCUUUGCCCCCAUCGGCGGGGCCUUGCUCUAUGCCAGCGCGACGGUCAAAGAACUCCAGAUCGAUUACUCGACAUGCAACACCGACGCACCUAACACAACGGAUUCGCAACCCAUGCCGACAGACUUGAUCAAGGCGUCAUUCAAGACCGACAAACCAGCGAUCAAUGCACUUUGGCGCAGAGAGCUCACGAACCACACAUACCACGGGAGCUACGUCGUCGAGAACAUCACCAAAUGUAUCCUUACGUUCACCACGCCUGAGGACAUGGGGCCGCCCGUGCUGUUCUUCUAUCGCCUUACCAACUUCUACCAGAACCAUCGACGCUACGUGUCGUCCUUCUACGACAAGCAGCUCAAGGGGGACUCCGUCUCGGUUCAAGCCGUCAAGGACUCCAGUUGCUCGCCCUUGACAUCGGACGGCGACAAGGCCUACUACCCGUGCGGCCUCAUUGCUAACUCGAUGUUCAAUGACACGUUUGCCAGCCCCGUGCUGACCAACAAGCCUUCUCUGACCGAAACCAAAGUCAAUGAGACCUACGUCAUGCAGAAUUCCUCCAACAUCGCCUGGGAUUCCGACAACGCUCUCUAUGGAAACUUGCCCGCGGGUACCGAUUAUGACACCAUCCUACCACCGCCAAACUGGCAGAAGCAAUACAAGGACGGCAAAUAUAGUACCGAUUCGCCCCCUCCGGAUUUGAACAACAACCAACAGUUUAUGGUUUGGAUGAGAACUGCUGGUCUCCCGACGUUCUCCAAGCUUUACAUGCGAAAUGAUUCUCAUGCCAUGGAGGCUGGCACUUAUGACAUUGAAAUUCUCUCAGAGUUCCCGACUACCGAAUACCAGGGCACAAAGUCCAUCGUCAUCACGACUACGAGCCCCAUGGGAGGCAAGAACCCGUUCCUGGGUAUCCUCUACGUUGUAGUGGGCGGCCUGUGCAUUGUCCUUGGUGCCGUAUUCACCGUUACCCAUCUGAUCAAACCAAGAAAACUUGGCGACCACACCUACCUCUCAUGGAACAAGGUUUCGAAUAAUGCGGCCAAAUCUGGGCCAGGCGGUCCUGCCAUUGGCAUGUCUACGGGACGCGAUCUGGCUUAG